GUAUGUGGGAAUGGUUGUCAAAUUUAACUAAUUUACGUAGGUCAUCGCUACGUAUUUUACGACUAUCUUACUACCUCUUUUUUUAACUUAUGAUGAUAUAAUACAAAAUUUGGAAAAAAUGCUAAACGUUCUUGUUGCAGCAACUUUACAUUCUUAAAUCGAGAAAUGAAUAAAGCAAGUAAUUCAUGUAUGUUGCAAUGAGCGAUAAAACGACAAUGGCGGCAAUGUCCCCAUCGAAGAGAAGAUUACAGAAAGAAUUAACAUCUUUAAUACGUGAACCUCCACCAGGUGUACAUGUAGAUGAAGAUCUUACUAGUCAAAAUUUAACACAAUGGAUUGUUCACAUGGAAGGUGCAAAAGGCACCUUAUAUGAAGGCGAACAAUUUCAACUGCAAUUUAGAUUCAGUUCCAAAUAUCCAUUUGACUCACCAGAAGUGACUUUUAUAGGUGGAAAUAUACCAAUACAUCCACAUAUUUACAGCAAUGGCCACAUAUGCUUAUCCAUUUUAACUGAAGAUUGGUCUCCAGCUUUGAGUGUACAGAGCAUUUGUUUAAGUAUUGUAUCAAUGUUGAGUAGUUGUAAAGAGAAGAAAAGGCCACCUGAUAAUUCUUUUUAUGUAAAAACAUGUAGUAAAAAUCCAAAGAAAACAAAAUGGUGGUAUCAUGAUGACAAUGUGUAACAGCAACUGCGAAAACUAUAAACAACUUGUCUAUGUGCAGUUAUAGCUGGACCAAGUGGAGUGACAGUUUUUGUGUCUUAAAGUAAUUACUAAAAUUUCAUAGAUAAAAUUGCUGAAUUAACUUUAUCAUAUAUUUAAAGAAUUAGGUGCAUAAGUUAGAAAACAAAAAAGCAAAGGCUGCAUUUCACUUAUUAUUAUAAUAAAAAAGUGAUGUAAAAUGUGUGAGUUAUGAAGUUAAAUUAUUAUUGUUAUUAUAAAAGAUACAUAUUAUCUCACUCAAUUAAAUAGAAAAAGCAUAAAUUAUAAAAUAUAAAAAUGCAGCCAAGAAAAGUGCACAUAUGAUAUUAAUAAGCAAAGAAAAUGUUUCAUUAUUUAUGUAGAAAGUGCACUUUAAGAUGAUAUCAAAUUAAUAUAUUGCAGUAAUCUCUAUUAAAAUAGUAUCAUUAAAGAUAUAAAAUGUUAUUA